UAUUGGUGCUAAUUUUAAAGGACAAAACUCUGCUGUGGAAAGAGAGAACAAGAAUACCUCAGAGGUUCCCAGUGAUCAGCCUCCCCAGGAGCAUCAAGCACACCUGGACUCCAUAUUUAUGCUCCUGGAGGAGAAAAUCAUCACUUUUGUGAAGAAUGAGUUAAAGAAGAUCCAGACAGUUCUGUAUCCAGAUUAUUCAGAAUGCUUAAACUGCCAGACGGAGGAUAAGGAGAUUUUGGAGUGUGAGGAUGAAGAGCAAAGGCGUACCAACAGAGAGGCAUUUAUAAAGAUCACACUGCAGUUUCUGAGAGGAAUGAAGCAGUAUGAGCUGGCUGACCGUCUGCUGAGCAGCAGAUUUGCUCCAGUUUGUCAACAUAAUCUUAAAUCUCAACUGAAGAAGAAGUUCCAGUGUCUGUUUGAGGGGAUCGCUAAAGCAGGAAAUCCAACCAUUCUGAAUCAGAUCUACACAGAGCUGUACAUCACAGAAGGGUCUGCAGAAGUCAAUGAUGAGCAUGAGGUCAGACAGAUUGAAACAACAUCCAGGAGACGAAAACCAGAUGGACCAGAAACAACAAUCAGACAAGAAGACAUCUUUAAAGCCUCACCUGGAAGAGAUGAACCAAUCAGAACAGUGCUGACAAAGGGAGUGGCUGGCAUUGGGAAAACAGUGCUAACACAGAAGUUCACUCUAGAUUGGGCUGAAGACAUAACUAACCAGGACAUCAAGUUCAUAUUUCCAUUCACUUUCAGAGAGCUGAAUGUGCUGAAAGAGAAAAACUUUAGCCUGCUGGAACUUGUUCAUCACUUCUUUACCAAAACUAAAGAAGUAGGAAUCUGCAGCUUUGAAGACUUCCAGGUUGUCUUAAUUUUUGAUGGCCUCGAUGAGUGUCGACUUCCUCUGGACUUCCACAAAACUAAAAUCCUGACAGACCCCACUAAGUCCACCUCAGUAGAUGUGCUGCUAACUAACCUCAUCAGAGGGAACCUGCUUCCCUCUGCUCACCUCUGGAUAACCACACGACCUGCAGCAGCCAAUCAAAUCCCACCUGGGUAUAUUGACAUGGUAACAGAGGUGAGGGGGUUCACUGACCCACAGAAGGAGGAGUACUUCAGGAAGAGAUUCAGAGAUGAGGAGCAAGCCAGCAGGAUCAUCUCCCACAUCAAGACAUCACAAAGCCUUCACAUCAUGUGUCACAUCCCAGUCUUCUGCUGGAUCGCUGCUACAGUUCUGGAGGAUGUGGGGAAGAAGAGAAAAGAGGAAACAAGGACAGCACUACCUACAACCCUGACUGAGAUGUACAUCCACUUCUUGGUGGUUCAGGCAAAAGUGAAGAAGGUCAAGUAUGAUGGAGGAAUGGAGACAGAUCCACCCUGGAGUCCAGAGAGCAAACAGAUGGUUGAGUCUCUGGGAAAACUGGCUUUUGAGCAGCUGCAAGGAGACAACCUGAUCUUCUAUGAAUCAGACCUGACAGACUGUGGCAUCGAUAUCAGCGCCGCGUCAGUGUACUCAGGAGUGUUCACACAGAUCUUUAAAGAGGAGAGAGGACUGUACCAGAACAAGGUGUUCUGCUUCAUCCAUCUGAGUGUUCAGGAGUUUCUGGCUGCUCUUCAUGUCCAUCUGACUUUCAUCAACUCUGGAGUGAAUUUACUGGAAAAGCAACAGGAAACCACCCAGAAUUUGCAAGAAGAAGAAUCUGCAGACACUUGCUUGUACAAGGGUGCUGUGAAUAAGGCUUUACAGAGUUCAAACGGAAAACUGGACUUGUUCCUCCGCUUCCUCCUGGGUCUUUCACUUCAGACCAAUCAAAGUCUUUUACAUGGGCUGCUAGAACAGACAGGAUGUAGCUCACAGACCAAUCUGGAAACAGUUCAACACAUAAAGGAGAGGCUCAGUGGAAAUCUAUCUGCAGAGAAAAGCAUCAACCUGUUUCACUGUCUUAAUGAACUAAAUGAACAUUCUAUAUUGGAGGAGAUCCAACAGUCCCUGAGAUCAGGAAGUCUCGCUGCUGAUAAACUGUCUCCUGCUCAGUGGUCAGCUCUGGUCUUUAUCUUAUUAUCAUCAGAAAAAGAUCUGUUUGUGUUUGACCUGAAGAAAUACUCUGCUUCAGAGAAGGCUUUCCUAAGCCUCCUGCCAGUGAUUAAAUGCUCCAGCAUAGCGCUACUUGGUGGAUGUAACCUCUCAGACAGAAUCUGUGAAACUCUAUCCUCACUACUCAGCUCCCGUUCCUCUUGUCUGAGAGAGCUGGACCUGAGUAACAACAACCUGAAAGACUCCGGAGUGAAAGUACUGUCUGGGGGACUUGAGGGUCCACACUCUAAACUGGAAAAACUUAGAUUGUCAAGUUGCUCAGUCACAGAAGAAGGUUGUAGUGCUCUGACAUCAGCACUGAACUCCAACCAUUACCACCUGAGAGAGCUCGACCUGAGCUACAAUAAUCCAGGAGAGGCAGGGGUGAAGAUGCUGAAGCAGCUCCGACUGGACACACUCAGGUGUGCAGAGGCUGUUUGCAGCCACAGUGUCUGAUAGAGGAAGAUGAUUUUGAAAGUUUUUCUUACAGUCACACAUAAAGUAGCCUUUUUCAUUUAGCUCAUUACAGGAAUUCUACUUGAACGUGAACAAGAAAUAAGUGAAGGGUUUGUGAAUCUGUAGCUUCGUAGUCUCACGCAGCCUAUUUGUCCAUAUGCUUAUGAAUAUAAAUGCGAACCGAAUAAGCAGAGGGUAUGUUUUGAGGAUUCAUAUGUUCCCCACCACCUCUGGAUAACAAGCCAUGCCAAGUGUUUUGGGAGGGGUUUGUUUUGUUGUUGUUUUUUUGUUGUUUUUUGUACUGGUUUACUACUUUACAAAUGACUAAGCUGCUAAUGUUUUAUUACUAUAUUUGGCUGCUUUUAAUGAUAUGGACAAGGAGGAUUGAAAGUGGACUGCAUUACUUUGAACCGCUAUUUCCAAAGAACAUGCUUAGGUUGGGCGAUAUGUAAAAAAAACUUCCAACCGAUGCAGGUGAUAUAUUCACGUAUGCACAGACUUUUUGAUGGGCAGAGCAAUGUAAUGAUGCACAUAUUGAUUUGCGCGUUUAGAACACAGAUGAAGUCCAAACAUGGACAAAGUAAUUGCCAAAUUGCACACUGGAGGAAAAGGCACAGAUAGAAAUAGACUGUUACCUCAGUGAAGAGUUGUUUGGUCGAGUGUGUAAAACAGAUAAACACUGGAAAUGCCUGUAAACACGGUUAUAGUGGAAAAAAUAAGCCAGUUUCUCUUUGUUUCCUUCCCCACCAUAGUGGGUUUUUUUAUUUGAUAAAAUGCUUUUGGUUUUUUUUAACAUAGGCUACUGCUGUUCUUUCUUUCUCUUAUUUGAGUAAAUCGCUCCAGCACUCUAAGGAGGGUGCAUUUGCUCACAGCUGAAGGAGGGUGACGUUAAAACAGCGCUAUUAUUUGUUUCUGUUGACUGCUUCUGUUAGCUUCAGCCAACAUUAUUAGCAAAUAAAUAAAUAAAUCACCCUUGUAAAAACGAUUGAGCUUUUUUUGUCAAUAGUCGAUAUAUUCCUCCAAUCGCCCAGCCUUAGUGCAUGCAAAUAAUUUGUAUUUCAGUUCUCAACUUUAGACUUUAACUUUGUUAUACAGGUAAAACAAUUUAUUGCAAUUAAAUUACAAUCAAUUGAUUAUUAUUGUAUUCACCCUCUGGAGUCGACAGACGCACCGGCGCAUCAAAAUCACAUGACCAAUUUAAGACGACACAGCUACAAGAUGUUGCGACUCAGUCUCCAUUUCAAUUUGGGUCGAGAGUACGGACUUCAAACGAUAUACCAGUUUUUGAAUUGUGUCAAUGGGCCACGUAAAGCCAGGGUUAUGAUAAAAA